UUCGCCGGCCGCGUAACGGCCGCCGCCGCCGCCGCCAUCAUGGUGAAGGAGCAGUUCAGGGAGACGGAUGUGGCCAAGAAGAUAAGCCACAUCUGCUUUGGGAUGAAAUCUCCAGAAGAGAUGCGUCAGCAAGCGCACAUUCAGGUGGUUAGCAAAAACUUGUACAGUCAGGACAACAAUCACUCUCCCCUGCAGUAUGGAGUACUUGACCAUCGCAUGGGAACCAGUGAAAAAGACCGUCCCUGUGAAACUUGUGGAAAAAAUCUAGCAGAUUGUUUAGGACAUUAUGGGUACAUUGACUUAGAACUGCCAUGUUUCCAUGUUGGAUACUUCAAAGCUGUGAUAGGCAUCUUACAGAUGAUUUGCAAAACCUGUUGCCGUAUCAUGCUAUCUGUGGAAGAAAAGAAGCAGUUUUUGGAUUACCUAAAGCGACCUGGCCUUACAUAUCUUCAGAAAAGAGGUCUAAAAAAAAAGGUGUCUGAAAAGUGCCGAAAGAAAAACACUUGUCCGUACUGUGGUGCUUUUAAUGGAACUGUGAAGAAGUGUGGUUUAUUGAAAAUAAUACAUGAAAAAUACAAGACCAAUAAGAAAGUGGUAGAUCCAAUAGUAUCCACUUUCCUCCAGUCCUUUGAAACUGCCAUAGAACAUAAUAAAGAAGUAGAAUCCUUACUGGGAAGAGCUCAGGAAAACUUGAAUCCAUUAGUAGUAUUGAACCUCUUCAAAAGAAUCCAGGCAGAAGAUAUCCCUCUGCUUCUGAUGAACCCAGAAGCAGGUAAACCUUCAGAUUUGAUCCUCACACGACUCCUAGUGCCCCCACUGUGCAUCAGACCCUCUGUUGUGAGUGACUUGAAGUCUGGCACCAAUGAAGAUGACUUGACUAUGAAACUGACAGAGAUCAUUUUCCUCAAUGAUGUAAUAAAAAAGCAUAGGAUAUCAGGAGCCAAAACACAGAUGAUUAUGGAAGACUGGGACUUCCUUCAACUACAGUGUGCCCUGUACAUCAACAGUGAGCUCUCUGGGAUUCCUCUCAAUAUGGCACCUAAAAAAUGGACUAGAGGUUUUGUUCAGAGACUGAAAGGAAAGCAAGGUCGGUUUAGAGGCAAUCUGUCCGGAAAGCGAGUAGAUUUCUCUGGCAGAACAGUCAUUUCACCUGAUCCUAACUUACGUAUAGAUGAAGUAGCAGUGCCUAUACAUGUUGCUAAAAUACUAACCUUUCCUGAAAAGGUGAAUAAAGCAAAUAUAAAUUUUAUGAGAAAACUUGUCCGAAAUGGUCCUGAUAUUCAUCCUGGCGCCAACUUCAUUCAGCAAAGGCACACUCAGAUGAAAAGAUUUUUGAAAUACGGGAACCGAGAAAAGAUGGCACAGGAGCUGAAGUUUGGUGAUACUGUGGAGAGGCAUCUUAUAGAUGGUGAUAUAGUACUCUUCAACCGACAACCAUCUCUACACAAGCUGAGCAUCAUGGCUCACAUUGCUAGAGUAAAACCUCAUAGGACAUUCAGGUUUAAUGAAUGUGUCUGUACACCAUACAAUGCAGAUUUUGAUGGAGAUGAGAUGAACCUUCACCUUCCUCAGACAGAAGAAGCAAAAGCAGAAGCACUUGUUCUAAUGGGGACUAAAGCAAACUUGGUAACACCAAGAAAUGGAGAGCCCUUAAUUGCUGCUAUUCAAGAUUUCCUUACAGGUGCAUAUCUUCUUACACUAAAAGAUACCUUUUUUGAUCGAGCCAAAGCCUGUCAAAUUAUUGCUUCUAUCCUAGUCGGCAAGGAUGAAAAGAUUAAAGUUCGCCUUCCACCGCCAGCAAUCUUAAAGCCUGUAACACUGUGGACAGGAAAACAGGUUUUCAGCCUUAUUCUCAAACCUAGUGAUGACUGUCCUGUAAAAGCCAAUCUGCGAACCAAGGGCAAACAAUAUUGUGGCAAAGGAGAAGACCUGUGUUUCAAUGAUUCUUAUGUCACAAUUCAAAAUAGCGAGUUAAUGAGUGGCAGUAUGGACAAAGGAACCUUAGGAUCAGGAUCCAAGAACAAUAUCUUCUAUAUCUUGCUGAGAGACUGGGGUCAGGUGGAAGCUGCAGAUGCCAUGUCACGGCUAGCCAGGCUUGCUCCUGUCUAUCUUUCUAACCGUGGCUUUUCCAUUGGAAUUGGUGAUGUUACCCCUGGGCAGGGCCUGCUAAAAGCUAAGUACGAACUGCUGAAUGCUGGCUAUAAGAAAUGUGAUGAGUAUAUUGAAGCUCUGAAUACUGGCAAGCUGCAGCAGCAGCCUGGCUGUACUGCAGAAGAGACACUAGAGGCCUUAAUCCUUAAAGAACUCUCUGUUAUCAGAGAUCAUGCUGGCAGUGCCUGUCUCAGGGAACUGGACAAGAGCAACAGUCCCCUUAUCAUGGCUCUCUGUGGUUCUAAAGGUUCCUUCAUUAACAUAUCCCAGAUGAUUGCUUGUGUAGGUCAGCAGGCUAUCAGUGGGUCACGAGUUCCUGAUGGAUUUGAGAACAGAUCCUUGCCUCACUUUGAGAAACAUUCUAAGCUUCCAGCAGCAAAAGGGUUUGUUGCUAAUAGCUUCUAUUCUGGAUUGACUCCUACUGAAUUUUUCUUCCAUACCAUGGCUGGUCGAGAAGGUCUGGUUGAUACAGCUGUAAAAACUGCUGAAACUGGAUAUAUGCAGAGGCGGCUGGUAAAGUCACUUGAAGAUCUUUGUUCUCAAUAUGAUUUAACUGUCAGAAGUUCUACUGGUGACAUUAUUCAGUUUAUUUAUGGAGGAGAUGGCUUGGAUCCUGCAGCAAUGGAGGGGAAGGAUGAACCUCUGGAGUUCAAGCGAGUUCUAGACAACAUCAGAGCUGUAUAUCCAUGCCGAAAUGAACCAGCCCUUAGUAAAAACGAAUUGGUAUUAACAUCUGAGUCCAUCAUGAAGAAGAAUGAAUUUCUCUGCUGCCAAGACAGUUUUCUGCAGACAUUAACUGAGACAGGUUAUGAAAAAUAUAAUGAGGAAAUUAAAAAAUUCAUCAAAGGUGUUUCUGAAAAGAUAAAAAAAACUAGGGACAAGUAUGGCAUUAAUGACAAUGGCACAACUGAGCCACGAGUUUUGUAUCAGUUGGAUAGGAUUACUCCAACCCAACUGGAGAAGUUUCUGGAGACUUGUAGGGACAAAUACAUGAGGGCACAGAUGGAGCCUGGUUCUGCAGUAGGAGCUCUUUGUGCACAAAGUAUUGGUGAGCCUGGCACACAAAUGACUCUGAAGACUUUUCAUUUUGCUGGUGUCGCUUCAAUGAACAUUACUUUGGGUGUGCCAAGAAUCAAAGAAAUUAUUAAUGCUUCAAAGGCAAUUAGCACACCUAUUAUAACAGCACAGUUGGACAAAGAUGAUGAUCCUGAUUUUGCCCGUUUGGUUAAAGGAAGAAUUGAGAAAACUUUACUAGGAGAGAUUUCAGAAUAUAUCGAAGAAGUGUUUCUUCCUGAUGAUUGUUUCAUCCUGGUCAAGCUCUCUUUGGAGCGCAUUAGACUGCUGAGAUUAGAGGUGAAUGCAGAGACUGUGCGCUACUCUAUUUGCAUAUCUAAACUCAGAGUAAAACCUGGGGAUGUUGCUGUCCAUGGAGAGGCAGUUGUAUGCGUGACCCCUCGUGAAAAUAGCAAGAGUUCAAUGUAUUAUGUAUUGCAGUCCCUUAAGGAAGAAUUGCCAAAGGUUGUAGUGCAAGGUAUACCAGAGGUUUCUCGAGCUGUCAUUCAUAUUGAUGAACAAAGUGGUAAGGAAAAAUACAAACUUCUAGUUGAAGGUGAUAACCUGCGAGCUGUUAUGGCUACUCAUGGAGUGAAAGGAACAAAGACAUCCUCUAACAAUACUUACGAGGUAGAGAAGACAUUAGGAAUUGAAGCUGCUCGGACCACUAUUAUCAAUGAGAUUCAGUAUACAAUGGUGAACCAUGGUAUGAGCAUUGAUAGGAGACAUGUUAUGCUGCUGUCUGAUCUAAUGACAUACAAGGGUGAAGUGCUGGGCAUUACUAGAUUUGGACUGGCAAAAAUGAAGGAAAGCGUGUUGAUGCUGGCUUCUUUUGAAAAGACUGCAGAUCAUCUCUUCGAUGCUGCCUACUUUGGGCAGAAGGAUUCUGUUUGUGGUGUUUCCGAGUGCAUCAUCAUGGGAAUUCCGAUGAAUAUUGGGACAGGACUUUUUAAACUACUACACAAAGCGGACAAAGAAUCAGCCCCUCCUAGGAGGCCUCUGAUAUUUGAUAAUAAUGAGUUUCAUAUUCCCAUUGUUACAUAGCAUUUGGGCAAAAUACAGAGCUAAGCAAGGAACAGGAAGAAAACCUGUAAUUAAAUUAGGGAAUGUAUUUUAUCAGUUCUGUGUGUCUCAAAUAACUGAAUUCAUAAAUGAAAUACUGUCAAAAGGAUUGCCCGAUUGUUUACCGCCUGUUUGUACAGACAAAAAGGAGAGGCUUCUCUGCACCAGAGAGCAGAAAAUAAUUUGAAGUGGAUCUCAGCUGAUAAAAGUUUUCUUUCUGUUCUAGAAUUUUCCAUGCUACAAAUAAUAGCAUUAGCAAUAUGCUUUGAGAAGAGCUGAAACUUUGGCACCUUACCUUUUGUAAAUUACUUCCCAUGGUAGUUGAUGUUCGUCUUUAUAGGAACUGGGUUUGUUUCCUCACUAUCACAAGUAAAGCUUUCAAAUUGAUGUGUGCUUUUCACUGAUUUAUGAAGAAACUACAAUAUCAAUGUUGCAACAUCACAGAUGGGGUUUUUUUAGAAGUGGUAAGUGUUCAACUUACGUUAGCACUGUGGGGACUGUCAGUAAAACUAGCUGAUCAUUAAAUAGAGGAUCCUAAGAGGUUCUUAAAAUGAUACAUGUGAAAAAAGAAAACCUAAGCCGUUUACCUUGUUAAGGUACCUUGCAUGAACCGGAAGAGUAAUUAACUUCAAGAUAAUACAUGUUCUCUUAAGUCAGAAUAUAUCCACAGUUUUGAAUAUGCUAAUUGCAGUGGGCCAAGUGCGAAAUUAAGAGUAGGUGAUACGUAAGGUUUUCUUGGUAUUCUUUCUGACUGAAAAAAUCCUAUUUUAAGUCCACUUUUCCAUAAAGAUAAGUUUCAGGGUUAUUGAACCCAAUGAAGAGUAAUGGUGCUUCAAAAGGUAUUCUUGUGGCAGAGCUAAAAGACAGAGCUGCAUGUUAGAACAUGGUGUUUUAAGAAAGAAGCUGCUGCACUUGGAAACUUGGAAACGUGCGCUCUGUGUGGGUGGAUAUCAAGUGUCAGAUUGCUGUGCUUUGUGGCUCUGAAGGCAGUGAAAGUUUCCUGUAGGCAAAUAGUAUUGCAAAAAAAAAAGAAAAAACUAAAUUUACCAAUUUUGGGGGAAGUAACUCCUAAACUUACUGAUUAGGACUUGUACUAUCUAAAUUUUGGAGAUUGAGGAGAAUUUUCCAGUAUUGGUAUCAUGGGACUUGUAUACUUUAUGAAGUUGUAAUAUUGGGUACAGAUAAAGGUAAGGUUGAACAGUAGACAUUUCUGAUGAAAACAUAUAUUUCUGUAACUUACAAGUAGCUGUAAAAUUCUUGCAGUAUGAUAGCUUGAUUUAUUUUGAGAUCUUUGGGUUAUUAACUCAUUAUUAGAUACACUGCGUAUUCAGCUUUGAUGAAAAUACCUGCAAAAUAAAUCUGUGAGCUUUUAUAGAGUGCAUUUUGAAGUGGCAUUUCAGCAGGAGCUGCAGAAAAUGUUCUGUAGCUCCUAAGAAUGAGAAAGGGACUUUAGAAAGCUAGAACUGAGUAUCUGAAUCAUCCAUACUGCGUUAAACUUUGAGUGCAGUUAAAUAUAUCUGAAAUGUUUGCUCCUUACUUGUCUGUUUUUCUUUAUUAGUUUUUUUCUCUUAUCCCACAUUAUUAUCCAGUACAUGUUUUUUUUCCCAGGAUUCUACUGUGGAGAGCAACCACAAAGCUGCAGACUUUAAAGCUGUUACUAAGUUCUAAGAAGACCUAUAUUUAAGAACAUUAUAAAAAUAACUAGUUUCUCAUAUUAUAGUAGCUGUUAUAUUGCCGGAAUCUGUAAUGUACAUGAUGUUUAGCAGUCUUAGUUUUGGGCAAGUUUCAUAAAUGAGCAGGGUUCUGUUUUAAUAGGGUUUUGUUUUAAUAUGUCAAGUGGAAGUAGGAAGGAAACUUCAUGCAUGGACAUGAAAUCAUUUGACUAAAUGUUUUAAUCUGUAGGCCAUUAGAACAGUUUUCAAACUGAAUAUAUAUUUUAAAUUAUUUAAAGGUAGUACUGUAAAUUUACUUCAGUGCUAGGGAGGGAAAGUUUCUUGGUUCUUGUUGUCCUCAGUAUUUGGAUAUUCAGUGUGUUCAUAACAUGGGUCAAGAUUGGAGAGAAAAAAAGUAGAUACAGCUAAAGUUGUUCACACAUGAAAUGAAAACAAGCUGCUGAAUUAUCUGGCAUUUGAAAAUGAGUCAGUAUGUGCUGUGGUUUGUCUUCAGGUAGCAACCAAAAGAAAAGUGUAAGGGUGCAUUAAGAGAAUGUAAAUCCUGUUGUUUUAAGUCUAAGGUGCCACUGCUCUUCUGUUCCUCUGUUCUGUGUGGUUUUUUUUUUUUUUUUUGUUUUGUUUUGUUUUUUUUGUUUUUUUUUUUUUAAUU